UAAUGAAUGAUGAAACAGAGAGGUUCGGACAAUUUCGUAGUUGCAGAGUCAUGGUAGCUCCGCUGACUCUACCAAGUCGUCCUCUCUUCCGUAUUCAUUAGCUUCAUGUUAGAAGCGGAUAACCUUGACUCUACUUGAGACACAACGAGUUCUGUUGCUGUCGGGAAGUGAACAAUGUCUCCGAGCAACAAAGAAACCGUCUUGACUCUGUUUCUAGCGUUGACCAUGGUGGUCAACGUUGUUUCAUCAAGAUUCUUCGUGGAGAAGAGCAGCGUGACGGUCCUUAACUCCUGGGAAAUGAAAGCUAAGCACGACGCAGCCAUCGCAAACUUUGGCAUCCCAAGUCACGGCGGUUUCAUGAUCGGCUCCGUCGUGUACGUAGGCCACGGCGGUUACGGAUGCGAUCCGUUGAACAAAACCUUCAAACCCAAGUCUCCUUAUCCCACCAUCCUCAUCAUUGAUCGUGGAGUGUGUAACUACGCUAUGAAGAUAUGGAACGGCCAACAAGCCGGUGCAGCUGCUGUUCUGUUAGCAGAUAACAUUGUUGAGCCAUUGAUAGCAAUGGACUCACCAGAGGAAUCUCAACAUGAAGAUCCCGACUUAGUAGAAAAGAUCAAGAUCCCAUCAGCUUUGAUCCUACACUCUUUCGGAGAUAGCCUCAAGAAAGCACUUAACAAAGGCCAAGAAGUAGUUUUGAAGAUAGACUGGAGUGAGUCAAUACCAAACCCUGAUGAGAGAGUUGAGUAUGAGCUAUGGGCUAACACUAAUGAUGAAUGUGGUGUACACUGCAAUGAACAGAUGAGUUUCAUUAAAAACUUCAAAGGAACGGCUCAGAUUCUUGAAAAAAGUGGUCAUGCUUUGUUCACACCUCAUUACAUUUCUUGGUUUUGUCCCCAAGAGCUUCGACGUAGCAGGCAGUGCAAGAGUCAGUGUAUAAACCAAGGGAGGUACUGUGCUCCUGACCCUGAGCUAGACUAUGAAGAUGGAUAUAAUGGGAAAGACGUUGUUUACGAGAAUCUGAGACAGUUAUGUGUUCAUAAAGUAGCUAAGGAGAAGAAUAGUUCUUGGGUGUGGUGGGAUUAUGUGACAGAUUUUAACAUCAGGUGUUCUAUGAAGGAGAAGAAAUAUAGUAAAGAAUGUGCAGAGACUGUUGUGGAAUCUCUCGGUUUGUCUCUUGAGAAGAUCAAGAAAUGCAUUGGUGAUACUGAUGCUGAUGUAGAGAAUGAAGUUCUAAAAGCUGAGCAAGCUUUUCAGUUAGGCCAAGAGAAGCGUGGAGUUGUCACAAUCUUUCCAACAUUGAUCAUCAACAAUUCUCAAUAUCGCGGUAAGCUGGAGAGAACCUUGGUGCUAAAGGCUAUAUGUUCAGGAUACAAGGAGGGAACUGAACCUUUGAUAUGUUUGAGUACAGAUAUAGAGACCAAUGAAUGUCUUGUGGCAAAUGGUGGAUGUUGGCAAGAUAAAAUCUCUAAUAUAACGGCUUGCAAGGAUACAUUCCGGGGAAGAGUAUGUGAGUGUCCUGUCGUCAAUGGUGUUCAGUAUAAAGGAGAUGGUUAUGCCUCCUGCAAGCCUUAUGGACCUGCGAGAUGUUCAAUGAACGAAGGAGGCUGCUGGUCUGAAACUAGAAAUGGUCUAAAAUUUUCUGCUUGUUUGAACUCAGAGACAUCAGGUUGCCGUUGUCCUCUAGGCUUCCAUGGAGAUGGUCUGAAAUGCGAAGACAUUGAUGAAUGCAAAGAGAAAUCAGCUUGUCAGUGUGAUGACUGCAAAUGCAAGAACAAUUGGGGAGGAUAUGAAUGCAAAUGUUCCAGCAAUAGUUUCUAUCUAAAAGAACAAGACACUUGUAUUGAGAGAGGAAGUGGAUCAAGACGCAGAUGGUUAUUCAUAAUUAUGGUUGUAAUCGCCAUUGCAGGCAUCUCCUUAACUUCUUAUAUAUUCUACAAGUACCAUCUUCAGUCUUAUAUGGACUCAGAGAUAGUGUCCAUCAUGUCUCAGUACAUACCACUAGAUAACCAAAACAUUCAUCAAGACUCAAACCAAAUAGAGAACUCUAGUCUUCUGUAAUGAAGACUACUGAAUCAUUGUUGGAAUAUUGUUUAAUGUGUAAAGCGUUUUUUUUUGUCAAUAAUCAAAAAUUUUGAGGCGUUAAUCUAUUGUUCUGGAAGUUGGUUACAUGCAAUAUUAAACUUUGAAAA